UGUCCGGAUAUACUGUCACGUGGGCGUUUGCUUCUUUGUAGCGUAACAUUUCCAUCAGUCAUGGCACCACGACGCAAAUGUCCCUUCUGUGGGUCGAAGCAAUGGCACAAGGACUCUUCGAGCGGCCUUGUUGCAUGCAGCGAAGGGCAUGUCAUACAGAACUUCAGAAAUGAAUCAGGCGAAACACAGGAUCUAGGUAAUUACACCAUGAGGAAGCGCAUUCUCAAGUCGGGUCGUAAGAAGAGGGCGAGGCAGAGCAGAGCCGAUCCUAAGCUCUAUCACGGCGAACGUGCUCGCUUUCACUAUUAUCAAUGUUUGCAGCUCGUGCUGCGGAAGCAGAUCGCAGCAUUGAUCGCACUUUGGGACCUACCCCCCGAGUUUGAGACUGUAUGCAGAGAUAUAUGGGGAUUACAUUUGACUCUUCUGCCAAGACCACCCCCUGCGGAACCAUACCACCACAUGCGGGAGCAGAGGGGCAGUGACUCCGACACCGGUGACACAAAACCGUCAUUAGAUAACCCCAAAGAGUCUAGGUCCGAAGACGACGAUCCCCAGUCGUCAUCCUCUAGCAGUGAAGAGGAAGACCCAGAGCUUGCAGAGCUUCUGCGUGAAAAUUCCGAACUAAGCUCCUCUGACGAAGAAAAGGACCAUACCUCUCAAAAACAAGGCGUCCAGUCGAAUUACCGAUUUGUCAGUACAUAUGACCGCCCUGUCAACUGUAUCGCUGUUCUCGUGGUCGCAUGUUGGACCAUGCGCUUACCUGUGAUGUACAAGGAUUUCAUUGAUGUCAUUGAAUCUUACGAACUUCCUUAUUUGGAUUUUCUUCGCCUCCUCUCGUCCGAUAUGACCUGUCAUUUGACCAAGCACGCUGUUCGCGCGCUCUCUCCUCAUUUUGCCCCAAGCACGUUUUACAUCCACCGCUUCGCCUCUCGCUUAGCAAAGCUCAUGUACGCGAAUUAUGGCGUGUUCACACCAGAGCUCAACGCGUCGCCUGUCUUGUGGCGGGUUGUGCAGCAAUGUCUUGGAGGCACUCCCACAUUGUACGGGCUCGCAAAGAGACUCGGUUAUAUUCUGUCGCUGCCGUUAACACUUCAUCCCAGUUUGUCACCUACGUUACGUCGCAUCGCACCGGGCGAUCCCGACAUCCACAUUUAUGAUAAUAUUCCGCCGGAGCUAGCACUAGUGGCCACAGCAAUAGUUGUGCUGAAACUUGUGUACGGCCUCGACGGAAAACUGAGGCUCCCACGUGAUAUAAAGGAUCCCGCAUCCGCCCUUCCAGAUGUUCGUGGUUACGUAUCGGCAUUCAGGAGAAUGAGCGAAGCGGAUGACCGGCAUAACGAGAAGCGAUUUAGCUCCAAGGUUUCUAUGCCAACCGGCGAUAUGGAUCUUGCGACUAUAGACGAGUUCCUCGACUUUUGCGAACGGGUGUUGAUAAAAUCGCCAAGGGGUGAAUCAGACCAACAAAUCCUGGACAAUUACUUCCCACUGUCGACUGAAAGUGGAGGCGCUCGACUGGAAGCAAUAGCCCCUCACAGCAUUGUCGAAGGACUCUCAGCCACAAAAAUCAACGUUGGCGAGACGACUGUUCUACAACCCGGAGAAUCAUAUACCAUCUACCAUUCUCGCGAUAUCCUGGGAAACCUCUCAGAAGAGCAGGCGCUCAUCAUAACGAGAUCAGCUAAAUGGGUUGGUGUUAGCGAUGAUUAUUUGUGUGAGGUAGUUGAGCGCUUUGAGCGGCGACUCCGGCGAUGGUAUUACAAGGAGCGAAGACGAGAGAAGGAAGAGUCAGAAAGAGAGAGGCUGUUCGAUGGCAUGAAGGAUUGAGGGCAGACGCUGAGCCGUCACCAAAAAUAGCGGGCGUCAUAUACGUGAUCAGGUUUGCUUUAACUUGCACGCCUCGUGGCACCAACUAUUCUGUCGUCAGCAGGGUAAUUAACGAUGAUCAAUACUCAGGCUUCUCUGCACCCAGGGUCGAUUCACACGAACCCAACGGAACUGUCAGGCACCUUUGAUCUUCGUGUGAGGGAAGUGUAUAAAGC